AUGACGGGAGCUCCUCCGUACUCCUCGCGCUCGCCGUCGCAGCAGGCUAGAUAUCUCUCUUACUCGCCGUCGCGGGACCGCCCCUACGCUGGCUCAGAUGCCUCUUCCUACCAGCAGCAACAACAGCAGCAGCAGCAGCAGCAUCCGCCUCAUACGCCUCCUGGAUUCCCCACUGUGAGCAGGAGUCCGCACUACACCCAUCCUACCUCUCCCAUGAACACCACUUUGCCGCCCUUGAAUGGCGCGGAGCCUUCGCCGGCUUACCAUGGCUCCAAUCAGUCUGGAUACUCCCUACCACGUCCAUACGGUAGCUCGUUGAUGUCGAAUCCGGCUCACUCUCCGUCUCCGGGCAUGUUCAACCAUACACCUUCCCACACGCGUCCAGGUAGCAUCGGAGAUGGCGUCCUUCGGUCCCCAAAGCGCGAGCCUGAUAUCUCUCUCGACUCGCGCCCGGUAUUCUCUUCUCAGCCUCCUGUCCGUGAGACCAGGGCCACCACCCCAAAGGAACCAAAACCGGCAAGAGCUACGGACCCUAUGUCGUUUGCCAGCAUCUUGUCAGGACCGGCAGAAGAACGCCCUCGAAAGGCCUCUGUUCCGCCAGUCAAGGCCAGUGAACAGCCACCGCAGCCUGUUGCCGCGCCUGCUCCCAAACCAGCGCCCAAACCAGCUCCCAAGCCCGAACCCAGAAUGCUAGAGUCUGAUAAGCGGCGCCGCCAUCUUAACUACGACGCUACAUACAGUGAAAUUGCGCCAAAACCAGUCGCGAAUGGUGCACCAAAGCCAGCUGCUCCCUUGGCUCCUGCGAAACAGUCUCCCCCACAGCUCUUGAGUAGCUCAAACCUCGCCAGCGCCCUGGAACGAUUGGAUAAUAUGGACAAAAGCGAUGUCGAGGCUCCUGGGUUUGAAGACGAAUGGCAACGAUACAUUGUCAAGGGGAGAAAGCGGGCUAGAGAGGCAGAAGCCCUUGACAACCAGAAGCGAAAGCGUCGUCGAGCGAACUUCUUGGGUAAACUGGCCCGGGUAUUCGAAAAACAGGCCAUUGCUGGCACGGAACGCUUUGCUCGCCUCCACGAGGCUGAAGUGAUAGAAGAAGUCCAGCAAAAGGAAAUUAUGGAUGAAAAGGAACGCAAAAAGGACAUGCAGCGGAAACGACGACGUGAGAAUACAGUUCGUGCUGAGAUGGAGAAGAUCCAGGCCGCUCAGAAGAAAGUCAGCAAGAUGGAAGAUGAUGCCGAAAAGGAGAAACUGCAGCGUGAAAUUGCCCGAUCUCGCAAAAAGAUCAAGCACACCAAGCAUGUACUCGAGACCGGAUCAGCUCCUCAGGAGAUUAGCGAGGUUGCUCCUCUGUCUCCAAACCUCGAAGGUGGCACUACAGGUUCAUUCCACACUCGUGAUAAGGCCUCUCCCAGCAAGAAGAGACCAAGCAAAGGUGGCUCUGCUGCUCGACCAAAGAAGACCAAAGAGCAAAAACAGGCCGAGAAGGAUGCCGCAGAAGCUGCCUAUGCCGCCCUGGAAGGUGAAGAGCCCCCUGCAACCGCAUCCAAGGACGGCUCGAGGAAAUCAACCCUGAAAAAGGAUACCAAGGCCGCUCGCUCAAAGGAACCCACGCCCACUCCCGUUGCAACAUUCGACACCAAGGGCUACACUCAGCUCUACGAACAGAUUUGGCGAGACAUGGCUCGCAAGGACAUUCCAAAGGUUGCCCGCAUCAAAGCCUCUUCCCUUAACAUCCGCCAGGAGAACUUGCGCAAAACAGCCCAGCUGGCCAGCAAACAGGCAAGGAAAUGGCAAGAUCGCACCAAUCGUAGCACAAAGGACACCCAGGCCCGGGCUAAACGAACUAUGCGUGAAAUGAUGUCUUUCUGGAAGCGAAACGAACGUGAAGAGCGUGAUUUGCGCCGAAUGGCAGAGAAACAAGAGCUGGAGCUCGCCAGAAAGGCAGACGCAGAUCGUGAAGCCAAUCGCCAGAAACGCAAACUUAACUUUCUUAUAUCUCAGACUGAACUGUACUCCCAUUUCAUUGGCCGCAAGAUCAAGACCAGUGAAGCCGAACAGUCUGGCGACACCAUCGCUGCCCCAGUCGAUGGUGGCGCAAAAGAGCCUGAACACACGUUCAAUGUUCCUGAAGAUGUGGGCGAUCUCAGCGCAAAGGUUACCAACUUUGAGGAUCUCGACUUUGAUGCUGAGGACGAUACUGCGCUAAGGGAGGCGGCCAUGGCCAACGCGCAGAAUGCCGUUAAACAGGCCCAAGACCGCGCAAAGGCAUUCAACGAACAGGAUAAUAAGAUGGCUGCCUUUGACGAAGGCGAAAUGAACUUCCAGAACCCUACAAGUCUGGGUGACGUGCAGGUUGCGCAGCCUAAGCUGCUUAACUGCCAGCUCAAAGAAUACCAAUUGAAGGGCCUCAACUGGCUAGUCAACCUCUACGAGCAGGGCAUCAACGGCAUCCUUGCCGACGAGAUGGGUCUCGGAAAGACUGUCCAGUCCAUCUCCGUAAUGGCCUACCUCGCUGAAGUCCACAACAUCUGGGGGCCGUUCCUCGUCAUCGCUCCGGCCUCCACCCUUCAUAACUGGCAGCAGGAAAUCACAAAAUUCGUCCCGGAUAUCAAAGUACUUCCGUACUGGGGCUCGGCCAAAGAUCGAAAGGUGCUGCGUAAAUUUUGGGAUCGCAAGCAUAUCACUUACACCAAACAAUCUGAGUUCCACGUCCUGGUGACUUCCUAUCAGCUAGUGGUGUUGGAUGCACAGUAUUUCCAAAAGGUCAAAUGGCAGUACAUGGUUCUAGACGAGGCUCAGGCAAUCAAAUCCUCACAGAGUUCGCGAUGGAAGAACCUGCUUGGUUUCCACUGCAGGAACAGACUGCUGCUCACCGGAACGCCUAUCCAAAACAAUAUGCAGGAACUUUGGGCCCUGCUGCACUUCAUAAUGCCGACACUCUUUGAUUCACAUGAUGAAUUCAGCGAAUGGUUCUCCAAGGACAUUGAAAGCCAUGCUCAGAGUAACACCAAGCUGAAUGAAGACCAGCUUAAGCGACUACAUAUGAUUCUCAAGCCUUUCAUGCUACGACGUAUUAAGAAGCAUGUCCAGAAGGAACUUGGUGAUAAGGUCGAGAAGGACGUCUUUUGUGAUCUAACAUACCGACAGCGAGCAUACUAUGCCAGUCUCCGGAACCGUGUCAGCAUAAUCGACCUUAUUGAAAAAGCUGCCACUGGUGAAGAGGCCGACAGCACAACGCUGAUGAACUUGGUCAUGCAGUUCCGGAAAGUUUGCAAUCAUCCAGACUUGUUCGAGCGUGCAGAUACCUCCUCGCCCUAUUCCAUGUGCUACUUCGCUGAAUCGGCUUCUUUCGUUAGAGCGCCGUUGUCUGUCUGCUACUCUACUCGCAGCUUGAUCGAGUAUGAUCUACCUAGGAUGCUUUGCAAUUCUACUGGGCGACUCGACAUUCCUGGAUCAGACAACAGCAGGGCUGGGUUCGACGACAAAUACCUUUCUCAUCUGAUGAAUGUGUGGUCGCCAGAUAAUAUGCGCCAUAGUCUAGAUAGAGACCAGGCCUUCUCCUGGCUCAGGUUUACCGACAUGUCAAUGGGUGAGGCAUCCGCAGUCUCUCAAAGGGGAGUGUUUGAAAGGACAUUGGACCGUCAGGGUAUAGAGAAUCGUCUGGCACGGCUUUCAGUCGUCUACGAUGAUGAUACAGCGAAUAAUAACUCAAUUCUACCUCACUCUUUAUUUAACAUUGUCGAUCGAAGCAGUCGAUCUGAACUUGCGGAAGUUGGCUCUACCGGUUGCUUACGCGAGCUAUACAACGUUACUCAGUCUGUGAUCGAUAACGAAGGGAUCCUAGGAUUAGAGCCGUGCGGUAAAGCGGAUGCUAAUGCCCCUCCGAUCAUGAUAUCAUCGUCUUCAUCUGUGCCGAGUUUAGAAGCCAAGCAUACCUUCUUCAACGUUCAGGCUCGUCAAGCUUUAAUCGGAACAACGACCCCAGGACUUGACCAGGAAAUCCUCAAUAACAAGGUUGACCCUCUGCCGUACUCGUACGCACCACUGUUGCCGAAACCAGGCUCCACGAAACGAGGAUACACCAAUAUCACCGUGCCGUCAAUGAGACGCUUCGUCACUGACUCCGGCAAACUGGCGAAACUGGAUGAACUCCUCCGAGAACUAAAGAAUGGCGGUCAUCGAGUACUGCUUUACUUCCAAAUGACUCGUAUGAUUGACCUGAUGGAAGAAUACCUCACUUACCGCAACUACAAAUACUGCCGACUAGACGGCAGUACUAAGCUAGAGGAUCGUCGUGAUACAGUUUUAGAUUUCCAGCAACGGCCUGAGAUAUUCAUCUUCCUUCUCUCCACCCGUGCCGGUGGUCUAGGUAUCAACCUGACAGCAGCCGAUACAGUAAUCUUCUAUGAUUCCGACUGGAAUCCAACCAUCGAUUCCCAGGCCAUGGACCGAGCCCAUCGUCUCGGUCAAACCAGACAAGUUACAGUGUACCGCCUAAUCACCCGCGGAACCAUCGAAGAACGAAUCCGCAAACGAGCCCUGCAAAAGGAAGAAGUGCAGCGCGUAGUUAUCUCCGGCGGUGCAGGCGGUGGCGUCGACUUCAACACUCGUAGCCGCGAGAACCGCACUAAGGAUAUCGCCAUGUGGCUUGCGGACGACGACGAGGCGAAGAUCCUGGAACAAAAGGAGAAGGAAGCCAUGGAUAAGGGAGAAGACGCGGCCGCUGCGCCUAAGAAGGGUAGAAAGGCUGCUCCCAAGAAGAAGAAAGAUGUCACACUGGACGAUAUGUAUCAUGAAGGCGAAGGCCACUUCGAAGAUCUCAGCACCAGACCUUCCGGCACUGCAACCCCCCUAUCCGCAGACAUCGAAACACCUGCUGCAGGCUCAUCAGGUAAAGGAGGUCGCCGCCGUGCACCAGCAAAAGGCACCUCUAAAAGAGCCAAAACCGCCAAAGAACGACUCCAGUUCAUCGAUGGCGACGAUUAA